UCUGCGCGGGGAGAGCAUGGCCACGCUGCGCCGGCUGCGAGAGGUGCCCCGGCACCUGCUGGUCUGUGAGAAGUCCAACUUCGGCCAUGACAAGUCGCGCCACCGGUAUCUCGUGGAGACGCACUAUUACAAUUACAGGGUUUCAUUUCUGAUUCCUGAAUGUGGGAUACUAUCAAAAGAACUGAAAGAUCUGGUCAUGGAAUUCGGACCCUAUUACUUUGUGAAGGAUUUACCUCUUUAUGAGUUAAUCACACACGAAUUCAUCAAUUCUUUUGUCACGAAAGGUUCGUGCUAUGCGCUGACAUACAACACAAAUAUUGAUGAGGAUAAUACUGUUGCCCUGCUCCCAAAUGGGAAAUUAAUUUUAUCCCUGGAUAAAGACACGUAUGAAGAAACUGGACUUCAGGGCCGUCCGUCUCAGUAUUCUGGCAGGAAAACCAUGAGAUUCAAAGCAGUGUGGCUUUGCCUCGUCUUUAAAAUUCCUUAUCAGAGAGGCUCUCACGCGACCGCGUACGACUGUGAGAUUCGACCGCAUCUUGUAAAGGUCGUAGGCGGGGGCCUGGUCUGUUAUAUGCCUGUGUUUCGGGUCACAGUUGUUUCCAUUGAUCUGAUGGAUUUAUCCUCUAACCUGGACUCUAAGAAGUAUAAAAGAGUAUCUUGGGCCUUCAAAGAAAAGAAGCCGUUGAAGUUUGAUUUUCUUUUGGCGUGGCAUCAAACAGGUGCAGAAGGAUCCAUGAUGUCAUACUUUUCCGGUUACGGAAUUCAGGAGCAUCAGCCAAACAUAGCGCUGAGCACGACGCGGGACCUGCGGUGCCCCGUGCUGCGGAGCGGCCUGCUCGAGGGCGAGCCGGAGGCAGCCUGCAGCGCCCACGAGCUCUUCGACUGGCUGGGCGCCGUCUUUGGUCACGCAGACCUAAAUAAUGAGCCUUAUAAUUUCGUAUCAACCUACUGCUGUCCUCAGCCAAGCGCAGUGGUGGCCCAGGCGUCCUUGGGCACCAUCACUGGUUUCAUCCUCCCGGAGCAGAUAUGUGUCCUGUUGGAACAGCUGUGUCGCUACUUUGAUGAACCGAAGUUGGCCCCGUGGGUGACGCUGUCCGUUCAAGGCUUUGCAGACAGCCCUGUGUCCUGGAGAGAAAGUGAGCACGGUUUUCAGAAAGGAGGAGAACAUUUGUACAACUUCGUGAUCUUUAAUAAUCGGGACUACUGGCUUCAGAUGGCCGUGGGGGCGAAUGACGGCUGUCCGCCAUAACAAGCACAGAAUCUGCAGCCACGCUCGCCGGUGUGCGUGUGUCGUCGUUCGUGGCGGCAUGAGGACAGUGGUCGCUCAGACUUGGAUGCGGUUUCUCAGGUCAGCGCCCGCCAGCAUCUGCUCUGGACUCGGGCCCCUCCUCUGCGCGCAGCCAGGCCUGCUGUCCAGCAGAAGUGUACAGCUGGUGUCUCCUUGUCCGUGUGAGCCCAGGGGGUGGGUGACUGCCUGGUGCCUUGGGCCAGGAUGGCCAGGGGCCCGGGGUUCUGGGACCAUUGGGUAAGAUGUGCGCUGUGACUGUAGCUUUCUCACAUAAUAACAACAGACAGUCCUUACAUCCUGCUUAGCAGAGCCAGUUCUGCGUUAAGCGCCAUUUGUGUGUUGCCUCGCCUGGGUCUCACGUCAGCCCCUUGAGGGGCAUAAGCCGCUGAAGUCACCUGCUUGUGGGUUCAGGACUGGGCCUCAGGCCGCUGGUUCCUGCUUCUGGGUCAGGAGGGAUGUUUAGAUGCUGCACAUUGUUAAAGAGCGAGUUACGGUAACAUACAAG